CAGAUAACGGGGCCUUCCAGCCCCUGGCCCCAGAGAGGGAGGGGCUUCCUGACAGGAAAUUGUCCUCCUCCAAGCCCCCCCUCCUCAGAUCCAAGCUCUCAGCAGUCUUGGCCCAAGUAGUCUGAAGACUGGACAGCAAGAGGGGACAGAGGGACAGGCACGGACAGAAAGCAGAAGGUGCCAGCCUGUCAAAAUGCCAAUCCUGAAGAGUCUGGGGGUGGGAGACCCUAAGAUGCCACGAGCAGGGACCCUGCCCCUGCGGUCCUCUCGCAACCCCUUUGAAGACGCUCCAGCGCUGGAUGAAGAAGCUCGGGAGCCGGGGACACUGCCCAAUGGGACGUCGUGCGGCCGGCGGGCCACGCUGGAGAAGCUGGCUGGUCUGGCCCAUUUCCGACUGGGCUGGACCUCGGGCCGGCGGGCAGGCAGCCCCGGGGAUGGGCAAGGCCGCUCUUUCUUGGGCCGUGUGCUGACACCAGGCAUACGAAGGAGCUCAGCCGAUUUUGGCCUCCUGACCCGACUUCAGGGAUUCCGAACCCACGGCGAUGAGGAGCCAACUGGAGAAGCCGCUCGAAGAUUGGCUUUCCUGAGACUCGGUCGUGGGCCCAAGCCCCGACGAGCAUCCUUGGCAGAGAGAGUGGUACCUGCAGGUGAGGCGGCCCCUGAGCCCCCACCCAAAGUCCCGGAGCCCCCAAAGAUGAAGGAACCACUGUCUGUGCUGGAGAUCCUAGGUCUGAUCCAGAAGCGCGAGCUGGCACGGGCGGACGAGCACAUCCUGGAGCUGGAGGCAGAGGCGCCGGCGGAGGCCGAGGCGGGCUCGGGGCGGCGCGCGCGGGAUGUGGCGCUGCUGUACGAGGCGCUGCAGCGCGAGCUCUGGGCGCUGGUGCGCGAGGCGCUGGCAGCCCCGGGGCCCGGCGCGGGCGCGGUGGCGCAGCUGGGCCGCGUGCUGCAGCAGGAGGAGGCGGCGGACGCGCGGCGCGGCCCUGCGGCGGCCCGCAAGCUGCGCGCGCGCUGGGUCGAGGCGGUGGCGCGCGCGGCGCGGGAGCGGCUGGAGGAGGCGGCGGCGCCGGGCGCGCGCGGGGCGCUGGCGGGGCAGCUAGAGGCGCUGCGCGCGCGCCUGCUGGAGGACGUGGCCGCCGUGCGCGGUCGUCUGGCUCCAGCCUACCCCGCGGAGCUGCGCGCCGGCGCCGUCUACCUGCGCGGCUAUCACGAGGCCAUGGCCGAGUGGCUCGGGGCGGCCGCGCGCCGCAGGCUCCCCCUCGCUGAUCGCUACGCCCUGCUCCACUGGCACCAUCAGGUGUACCCUAGGGAGAUCCUGGGCUUGGUAGACAUGGUCGCCUUGGAGAACGGGGAGCUGGGGCCCCUCCUUUCCGCUGGCACCCUGCGUGGUUUGGAAGAUGAAUGUGUCACUGAUGUGAAGACUCAGACCCGAGCAGCUCUCCUUCAAGUGCUGCAGGAAGACGAGGAACAGUGGGGCAGCUUGGACUACAGGCCCAGCAACCUGGCCCAAGACGUCUGUGAGCUUCUGGAAGAACACACAGAGAGAGCACCCCGUAUCAGUCAAGAGUUUGUGGAGAGGAUGGCACACUGCUGCCUGGGAGGGCUGGCAGAGUUCCUGCAGAGCUUUCAGCAGCGAGUGGAGCGGUUCCACGAGAACCCAGGGAUCCGAGAACUGCCCUCUGAAACCUACAUCAGUAGGACUAUCUCGCUGGUCAACUGUGGGCCCCCCCUGAGGUCUCUGGCUGAGCGACUGGCCAGGGUGGGGCCCCCUGAAAGUGAGCCGGCCCGGGAAGCUUCGGCCAUCGCUUUGGACCGUGUGACCCGACUCUGCCAUCGUGUCCUUGCUGAGUUGUUAUUCCAGGAACUACAGCCGCACUUCAACAAACUGAUGCGCAGGAAGUGGCUGAGCAGCUCUGAGGCUCUGGAUGGCAUCGUGGGCACACUGGGCGCCCAGGCCCUGGCCCUGCGCAGAAUGCAGGAUGAUCCUUACCAGGUGCUGGUGGCCGAACUGCACCGCCGGGCGCUCGUGGAGUAUGUGCGGCCACUGCUGCGCGGGCGCCUGCGGUGUCGCUCUGCGAGGACCCGCAGUCGAGUGGCCGGGAGGCUCCGUGAGGACGCAGCGCAGCUGCAGCGGCUGUUUCGCAGGCUGGAAUCCCAGGCUUCCUGGCUCGACCAGGUGGUGCCGCAUUUGGCCGAGAUCCUGCAGUUGGAGGACACUCCGAGCAUUCAGGUGGAGGUUGGGGUGCUGGUGCGCGACUACCCAGACAUCAGGCGGAAGCAUGUGGCAGCCCUCCUGGACAUCAGAGGACUUCGGAACACAGCUGCCCGCCAGGAGAUUCUGGCGGUGGCCCGGGACCUGGAACUAUCUGAAGGUGGUACCCUAUCACCAGCUCGGGACCGCGCCUUCUUUGCUGACAUUCCGGUGCCCCGCUCAUCCUUCUGCCUCGGCCUCCCUCUCUUCUUGGGGCGCCUCCCUCUCUCCCGGCUGGCCAGGCCCAGUCUGGCUUGUCUGCCCCUGCGGCCUCGUCCUCCAUCGUCAGUUAGAGCCCGAGCCCAACGCUGAGGCUCCUGGUGCCCACGUUGCUGCGGAGAUACCCUCCUCCCUUCCACGUGACUCCUUGCCUGAGACACAGACCUCCGGGAUGGCAGGUGCCUUAGAUCUCCCACCCAGCCCGGAGUGUCCCCUCUAGAAGGGAAAAAACAGAGGCCAGGAUGAGUAAAGAGUUCCCCAAGGCUGCCGAGGUCAUUCCCAGCACCCUCCUCCCCCAUAGCCCAGCAUGGUGGAGAGCCUUCUGGAAGGCUCUACACAAAUAUCCCCGCCCACCUCCUUUCCCCUCACCUCAAGGUCUGGCCCCAAUCCAACGUACUAAGGAACGGUAGAUACUUAGAAUAAAGAGGUUUCUAUUUAACACUAGGAAGGGCUGAGUCCCAAGUGCAGGGGAGGGAGGACAGGGACCAGGGCCAAGCACUCUUUGCACACACCCAAGGCCACCAGGGCUGGGGUCCAACUCCUGGGGAGGACAGCUGAACGUGGACAGAAGCCGAAGGAGGCCAGACACUGCCCAAUUGCCCGUUGAUACUGAGUCCUUGCUCCGUGUGGCUCUGAGGCAGCCACUUGACCGCUCUGAACCAUACACCACUAGUUUAUUUACCGCAGUGUCUGCCGUCGUUCUGGAUUUGCGGCUGCCACCUUGGCACGGCCCUCCCUGUCCAUGCUUAGUGGGGGAACCUGGUCCAGAGAGGAAGGAGCUGGGGGGUUGGGCCGGCGGCAUCCAGGGCGCCCUCCUGGGUUGAUUCAGGAAAAGUCUCAGGGUGGGAAGUUUCCAGCCUCUCAGGCUGGAGCCCAGCCGGAUCCCAGUCCCCACAGAAUCCUUGAGGUCAUCUCCCUGCUGACCUCUGCCCCUCCGGCCUCAGCUGGACAGCUUGUGAUGGAUGCUUCCUGGCCUGGGUUGGGUUUUAUUUUAUUUUUUUUCCCUGAGAAGUCAGAAAGAGGAGGCAGCCAGGGGUCAGCACAGGGGCCGGGGUUGGAACCUCACGCACGUCUGGACAUUGGCAACAACAUGGGGGCUCUAGACUCUGAGAGCCUCCCGGCUGUGUGCUUCAGAGGGGAAGCUGUUAGUCUCUGGGCUGUACUUCCUGUCUCUCCUGGGAAAUUGCUUAACUUCUCUCUGCCCAGGCCUCCUUAAGAGGCCCAGAGGAUGGCCCUCCUCCUUCCUUGACCUUCUGAAAGUGACACCUCAAUGUCAUUGACGUUCAGGAGAGGGGAACUGACUGGGGCAGUCUGUUGCGUUGGUGGCCGCUUGCAUAAUUACACAUGUAUUUAAUCUGUG